GUAGAGAAAAUAUUACAUGGCAUACCGAAUCGAUGGUAACUUUUUUGAGUUGUGAUUGAUAUAGCUGAAAUAAACUUUACAAGAGUGGUUACAUCCGAGGAUAGCCCGUUAUAUUAUCUAUAUUACUACAAGCCAAUGUAAAACUACAAAAAUGCUGGAAGAAAUAGUAAAACAGAUUCCUCUAUCUUUAACCACCCAGGCCUUGUUGAUCGGGAUAACAGUGGGCGUGGUUACAUAUUACACAUUUGGAAAGAGGAAAUACAAAUUACCACCUGGACCGUGGGCUCCUCCAUUACUUGGAAAUAUUGGGGCAAUAAUGUCCAACACACCUCUUUAUAAGCUAUUAUUAGACUGGAGACAAGACUACGGACCGGUGAUAACUAUAUACUUUGGGCCUCUAAGAUGUAUAAUGUUAAAUAGUGGUGAUGCUGUGAAUGAAGCUUAUGUUAAAAAGGCUGCCGAAUUUGCAGGAAGAUAUCAGAUUUGGUCAAUGGCUUCUUUCUCAGAUGAUUACAGAAACAUCGUAUUUUCUGAUAUUUCGCCAGCGUGGAAAUAUUUAAGGAAAAUAGCUCAUCAAGGUUUAAGGCAAUACCUAUCUGGAAGCGCUUUAGAGGAAAACUUAUUUGAAACAUCAUCAAAAACGAUGAAUAAAUUCAGAGAAGAAAAUGGAAAACCCAUUAAUAUAUACAAAUACAUAAAUUUAUUGGUCUUUAAUUUACUUAAUGGUGUCUGUUUUAAUAAAAGUUUUGAAAUUGAUGAUAAAUUAUUUCUGGAGUUGGUAGAAAGUUUAAAUUCUGUUAAUGACGAUAUUGGAAAAGGUUUCUUGGAAGACAUAAUACCACCGCUCCGUAAAUAUCCAACAGCAAAAUUUAAAAAAAUCAAGAAAAAUUUUGGAGUAAUUGAGACUUUUAUUGCAGAGGAAUUUGCAAAACAUCAAGAGCUAUAUUCGGAAGGGAAUAUGAAAGAUUUUACAGAUUUUUUGAUCCAUGGUAAAAAGCAAGCAGCACUUGAAGAUCCUGAAAUAAACUCCAUUGUCACAGACAGACAUUUAAUACAAGCUGUUACUGAUAUAUUUGGAGCUGGAGUUGAUACAACCAGGCAGACAAUCACGUGGACCAUUCUAUUAUUAGUAACACAUCCAGAAAUACAGAAGAAAGUUCAAGAUGAAUUAGAUGAAGUAUUUGAUGCCGGUCAGCCAGUGACAGUAAGCAGUAGAGAAAAAUUACCAUACACAGAGGCUGUUCUUCACGAGAGUAUGAGAAUUUGUCCUGUUGUUCCAAUUGGGUUACCACAUAAAACACGAUGUGAUGUAACUUUAGGAGACUAUGAGAUACCAGAAGGUACUAUGGUGAUGACCAAUCAUUGGGCUCUUCACCACGAUCCAGAUGUAUGGAAGGAUCCGGAGGUCUUCAGACCUGAAAGAUUCCUGGAUGAAGAUGGAAAGUUGGCGCCAAAAACAAUGUCAUGGCUGCCAUUUUCUGCUGGACGUAGAAAUUGCCUGGGUGAAACUAUUGCCAGACCCGAAAUGCAUCUCAUGCUGGCUCUGCUUCUGAGAAAUUUCACAUUUAGAUGUCCUGAAGGCGAAACCAUCAAUUUGAUUCCAGUGCCAGCACUAACUUUUUCACCACCCAUGAAUUACGUAGUGGCGGAAGAACGUACAAAUUAAAAACAAACUACUCGCAAUGAGCACCAGACAUGUUUCUGAGUAAGCACUUCAACUAAUCAAAUUGAGCGACAGACAUGAUUCUAAUUAAAAAUUAACUAAUCAAAUUAAGCUUUAUGGCUUAUUUGUGUAAUAACAGCUUUAGCAGUUGAUUAAAGUAGAAAUUUCAUAUAUAUUAGUGAAUAAAACUCACAUUUAGACGUCCUGAAGGCAAAAUAUAGCAGCUGUAAUCAAAACAAUAGUCCAAGGUACCUUUAACCAUUUAUUGUUCCUUUCUUACAACUCUAUAGGAUGUUUGUACCAUAAACUUUUGAAUCGUUAAACCAUUAUACAACACUGACUGUACAUAGGAUAGGCUUACUACUGGUGGACGUUGAUUCACCAUGUUCGAUUAAUAGCCUAUCUUUACUGGUUUACUAUACUAAACCCAAAGUCUAAAUACUCGUCUUCAACUGUCGUUACAAUUCAGAAAACCAUUGCCCUUGUUUAUCUUACAUGAACGGAGCGGCCAACGGUUUUAGAACAAUCGACGUUUAGUGUCUCUCUAACUUUUCAACAAACACGUUUACAUUGCCGCCAUAACAGGAAUGAGAGAGAGAGAGAAGUGGAGUUUAACGCCCACUUGACACAAAUUAGGUCAUUUCGGGACUAACACAUGGUUUAAAUUUAUUUCAAUAAUUCGCUUGCGCGUAUAUAGGGGUCUUUAGCAGUGGGAGGAAACCGGGGUACCCGGAGAAAACCCAAGAGGUUGGACCGGCGACUCUACUCCUUGUCACGUACAACCGGGGAAUCGAAAAACCGUCAGUUGACUCAAUGACAGACUUUAUGAUACAGCGCGCACAUGCUAACCAUUCGGCCGUCCAUACUCCCGAACAGGAAUGAGACCACGACUUAAAACUAUGGCCACAGAACACACUUGUAGUCCCAGACAAUUAAUUAAUUUGCCUUACACAUAAUGCAAUACAUUUGCUACAGUAACACAAAACCAUUAAUUUGUUUCCAGCGCCAAAACUAGGUUUUGCCCCGGGAUGAAUUAAAAAUUCUACUAAUCAGAUUGAGCAACAGACAUGAUUCUAACUAAAAAUUCGGCUAAUCAGAUUUAGUUUUAUAGUUUUCUUGUGUAAUAUGGCUUUAGCAGUUGAUUAAAUUAGAAAUUCCACAUAUAUUUUACGGAAUAAAACUGUUUUAAUUUUGCUUA